CUUGCUCAUUUCCCCUUUGGUUCCACCGCCCAACAAACCCAUCUGUCAUUUGGGAAUCCUUGAGCCAGUGUGAGAGAAGACCCUAUGCAAAUAAGGGAUGGAUGAUUUAGAUGCUUUGUUGGCGGAACUGGAACAAACCUCAGCAAGUUUGGAUGUGAGUGAUCCAGGACCCCCAAAGGUUUGCUUUCUUUUGGAACGAGACAACAAGGAGAAACCAGUGGCACCAACAGCGAAGACCAGUGCCACCCAGGACAAAAAGGUACAACCAGUACGCAGGAUUCAACAUCAUGAGGAAGAUCCAGAAAAUAUUUACAGCAAGGUGCCAUCUUCACAGCCAUUGCACUCUUCUUCGUCUUCUUCCACCCCAGCUGCCCAACAGCUGGAUGACCUUCUGGCUUGCUUGGGAACAAUCCAGUCCAAGAUCUCAGAUGGAAAGGAAGGUCCUGGAAAGCCGACAUCAGUGGAACAGCACACCAUUGACAACCUAGACAGCAUGUUGGAGGGUCUGACUCAUGAGAUGCAAGACCUUGGUGUUGCCACUGUGCCCAAGGGCACCUGUGCUUCCUGUCAUAAGCCCAUUGCUGGAAAGGUAAUCACCGCGUUGGGAAACACAUGGCACCCCGAGCACUUCAUCUGUGCCCACUGUGGAAAGGAAAUUGGCUCCCGCCCCUUCUAUGAGCGAGACAGCAAGGCGUACUGCGAGGAAGACUACCACCAGCUCUUCUCCCCCCGUUGUGCUUACUGUACUGCACCCAUCCAAGGGAAAAUCCUGACAGCCAUGGAUCAGACCUGGCACCCAGAGCAUUUCUUCUGUGCUCACUGUGGGAAGGUGUUCAGCAAUGAUGGUUUCCAUGAGAAGGAUGGGAAGCCAUACUGCCAGAAGGACUUCCAGGCCCUUUUCUCUCCCAAGUGCCGAGGCUGUGACCGGCCUGUGAUGAGCCAGUAUUUGUCAGCAAUGAAUGCUGUCUGGCAUCCAGAAUGCUUUGUGUGUGGAGACUGUUUUUGCAGCUUUGACGGUGGAUCCUUUUUCGAAUUAAAUGGCCGUCCAUACUGUGAGCUUCACUUUCACCGUCACCAAGGAACGGUGUGCCAGGGUUGUGGGAAGCCCAUUGUUGGGCGCUGUGUCAGUGCCAUGGGGCACAAGUUCCAUCCUGAGCACUUUGUCUGUGCCUUUUGCCUUACCCAGUUGCAUAAUGGCAUCUUCCAGGAGCAAAAUGGCAAAACCUACUGUCACUCCUGUUUUAACAGACUUUUUGUUUGUUAAUCCUGUACUCACCAACUUGAAAGUAAGUCCCGCUGUACUUAGUGGAGCUUACUCGUGAGGCAUAGGACUGGGCUGCAACACAGAAAAUAUUGUAGAUGUCUCCAUUACCGUGAACGCACCAAUCUGCUUCAGUGCCCCCAGAUCAUCAGGGAGUCAAUCUACCCUGCUGCAUUUCAAACAACUUUUCCAGCUUUCACUACCUGAGGAUCUGAUCCAAUAUUUCACUAGAGCUCAUAAUAACUUCUUGUUCAUAUGUAUAAUCUCUAAGGUCAACUCAGUAAUGCCUGUUCUUCACUGACGUCCGUUUUCUAGGAUCCCUUCCAACUGGUUACAGCAAGCAGAUUUUUAUUCAUUGAAAAAUAUCCCUAUACAGAAAAAUAUUCCACUAAUAUUUGGGGAAAGGGAGGGGGGACCUAUAGCACAAUCCUAUGCAUGUCUACUCAGAAAUAAAUCCCGCCAAGUUCACCAGGGCUUACUCCCAGGUUAAGGUGAAUAGAAUUGUAACCAGGCAAAGCACUCCUAUGCUCCAGGGAAAAGGGAUGUGUGACUCUCCAAGGCUGUGUCUUGAUGAUGACUCCUUUGCCACUUGUUCCCUUGAAACC